AAAGCGAGCUGCACCAGGAAGAGCCAAACUAAGGAGUGGCACGACGCGAAAAUCUCUUCGAGUGCGGACUGGUAAAACUUGUCUCGCCUUGCUGAGUGAAGAAGCUGCCGCCUCGCCCGGGGUUCUGCACAGUGAAGUUUCUCUCGACUUCAAAGAUGCCUGUCAAGGGAGGCACCAAGUGCAUCAAAUACCUGCUUUUCGUCUUCAACUUCGUCUUUUGGCUUGCAGGGACAGCUGUCCUUGCAAUUGGAUUAUGGCUUCGGUUUGAUUCGCAGACAAAAGAUGUUUUUGACCAUGAUGAAAAUCAUACAUCAUUCUAUACAGGGGUUUACAUUCUAAUUGGAGCUGGUGCACUCAUAAUGCUUGUUGGCUUCCUGGGAUGUUGUGGAGCAAUACAGGAAUCUCAGUGCAUGCUUGGCUUGUUUUUUACCUUCCUUCUCUUGAUCUUUGCACUUGAAGUAGCUGCUGCCAUCUGGGGAUUUGCAAACAGAUCAAAAAUUGUUGAUGACGUGAAUAAUUUCUAUAAGGCCACUUACGAAAGAAGACAUGAGCCUUCUGUCAAAGAAACUUUGAAAGCCAUUCAGUUUGCACUAAACUGUUGUGGCUAUGCGGGAACCCUAGAAGCAGCGUUGUCAGACACUUGUCCCAAACAGGCUGUGCAGGCAUGCCCUCAAGUUAUUGAGGAUUUCUUCACUACAAAGCUGAAUGUGAUUGGAGCAGUGGGCAUUGGUGUUGGUGUAGUGAUGAUUUUUGGUAUGAUUUUCAGCAUGAUCCUUUGCUGUGCUAUUCGCAGAAACCAGGAAAUGGUCUAAAGCAAUUUCAGCCUGCUUCAUCCCCUGCAUUCAAGGACUCUCCCUUUAUUAACGUCAGCAUUCUGAAAGGCAUUUCUGAAGUUAUAUAUUUGUUUUUUAAAUGCUUGGUUUAGUACUGAUGUCAUUCAUUUUUAUUUUUUAUGUUUAUAAAAGCUUAAACAGAAUUUACUGUUGAAAAGGUUUAACUAUAUUUGUUAAGCUCAAGUCCAACAACUGUACAUAAGGGGUUUGUCUCUAAACGUAUGUCUUGCUUUCAGGCUUGCAAUUGGAAUAUAAUUUAUGUUGGAGAAAUAUUUGAUACUUAAUAAAGAUUUAAGACCACAUA